AUGUUUCAUUUAAGGACUUGUGCUGCUAAGUUAAGGCCUUUGACAGCUUUCCAGACUGUUAAGACAGUUUCACAAAACGGACCAGCAGCAACUAGGAAUUUUCAACAAAUUCGCUGCUACACUGCACCAAUUGCUGCUGAACCUUUCUUGAGUGGGACUAGUUCAAAUUAUGUCGAGGAAAUGUAUUACGCUUGGUUGGAAAACCCCAAAAGUGUGCAUAAGUCAUGGGACAUAUUUUUCCGAAACACCAAUGCUGGAGCCCCUCCAGGCACUGCCUACCAAAGCCCCCUUCCGCUGAGCCGAGGAUCCUUUUCCACCGUCACCCGAGCACAGUCGCUGGUGGAAGCUCAGCCCAAUGUCGACAAGCUUGUGGAAGACCACUUGGCUGUGCAGUCCCUCAUCAGGGCUUAUCAGGUCAGGGGUCAUCACAUUGCAAAACUUGAUCCUCUCGGAAUUAGUUGUGUAAAUUUUGAUGAUGCUCCAGUAACUGUUUCUUCAAACGUGGAUCUUGCUGUUUUCAAGGAACGACUUCGAAUGCUAACAGUAGGAGGGUUUUAUGGACUGCAUGAAUCUGACCUCGACAAAGUCUUCCACUUGCCCACCACAACCUUCAUUGGGGGAAAUGAAUCUGCUCUUCCACUUCGAGAGAUCAUUCGUCGACUAGAGAUGGCCUAUUGUCAGCAUAUUGGAGUGGAGUUUAUGUUUAUUAAUGAUCUGGAGCAGUGCCAGUGGAUCAGACAGAAGUUUGAGACACCUGGAAUCAUGCAGUUCACAAAUGAGGAGAAGCGAACCCUGCUGGCCAGGCUUGUACGGUCCACCAGGUUUGAGGAGUUCCUUCAGCGGAAGUGGUCCUCCGAGAAACGCUUUGGCUUAGAAGGCUGUGAGGUGCUAAUUCCUGCCCUGAAGACCAUCAUCGACAAGUCAAGUGAGAAUGGAGUGGACUAUGUGAUUAUGGGCAUGCCGCACAGAGGGCGACUGAACGUGCUUGCAAACGUCAUCAGGAAGGAGCUCGAGCAGAUCUUCUGUCAGUUUGAUUCCAAGUUGGAGGCAGCUGAUGAGGGUUCUGGGGAUGUGAAAUACCACUUGGGCAUGUAUCAUCGAAGAAUCAAUCGAGUGACAGACAGAAAUAUCACUCUAUCCUUGGUGGCCAACCCUUCCCAUCUUGAGGCUGCAGACCCUGUGGUAAUGGGCAAAACCAAAGCUGAGCAGUUUUACUGUGGGGACACUGAAGGGAAAAAGGUCAUGUCCAUCCUUCUGCAUGGAGAUGCUGCGUUUGCUGGUCAGGGCAUUGUGUAUGAGACCUUCCACCUCAGUGACCUGCCGUCCUAUACCACACAUGGCACUGUGCAUGUGGUCGUCAACAAUCAGAUCGGCUUCACCACAGACCCCCGAAUGGCCCGGUCUUCUCCUUACCCAACAGAUGUGGCCCGUGUGGUGAAUGCCCCCAUCUUCCACGUAAACUCGGAUGACCCUGAAGCAGUGAUGUAUGUGUGCAAUGUGGCAGCUGAGUGGAGGAGCACCUUCCACAAGGACGUUGUCGUUGACUUGGUGUGUUACCGGCGCAAUGGCCACAAUGAGAUGGACGAGCCCAUGUUCACACAGCCACUCAUGUACAAGCAGAUCCGCAAGCAGAAGCCCGUGCUACAGAAGUAUGCUGAGCUGCUCGUGUCCCAGGGAGUGGUGAACCAACCAGAGUAUGAGGAGGAGAUCUCCAAGUAUGACAAGAUUUGUGAAGAGGCAUUUGCCAGGUCCAAAGAUGAGAAAAUUUUGCACAUCAAGCACUGGCUAGACUCACCUUGGCCUGGUUUCUUCACACUGGACGGACAGCCGAGGAGCAUGUCUUGCCCCUCCACAGGCUUAACAGAAGACAUUCUGAUGCACAUUGGCAGUGUGGCCAGCUCUGUGCCCGUGGAGAACUUCACCAUCCAUGGAGGACUCAGCCGGAUCCUGAAAACCCGGGGUGAGCUAGUAAAGAACAGGACUGUGGACUGGGCCCUGGCCGAGUACAUGGCCUUUGGCUCCCUUCUGAAGGAGGGGAUCCACAUCCGCCUGAGUGGCCAAGAUGUUGAGCGAGGUACUUUCAGCCACCGACACCAUGUGCUGCAUGACCAGAACGUGGACAAGAGGACCUGUAUCCCCAUGAACCACCUGUGGCCCAACCAGGCACCCUACACCGUGUGUAAUAGCUCUCUGUCUGAGUACGGCGUCCUGGGCUUUGAGCUGGGGUUCGCAAUGGCCAGCCCCAAUGCCCUAGUCCUCUGGGAGGCCCAGUUUGGUGACUUUCACAACACAGCCCAGUGCAUCAUCGACCAGUUCAUCUGCCCAGGACAAGCCAAGUGGGUGCGGCAGAAUGGCAUCGUGCUGCUGCUGCCCCACGGCAUGGAGGGCAUGGGUCCAGAACAUUCCUCGGCCAGACCAGAGAGGUUCCUGCAGAUGUGCAAUGAUGACCCAGAUGUCUUGCCAAACUUGGAGGAAGCAAACUUCGACAUAAACCAGCUAUAUGACUGCAACUGGGUCGUUGUCAACUGCUCUACCCCUGGAAACUUCUUUCAUGUGCUGCGGCGCCAGAUCCUUUUGCCCUUCCGGAAGCCGUUAAUCAUCUUCACUCCAAAGUCCCUCCUCCGUCACCCUGAAGCCAGAACAAGCUUUGACGAGAUGCUUCCAGGAACACAUUUCCAACGAGUGAUCCCAGAAAAUGGUCCUGCCUCUCAGAACCCAGAAAAUGUCAAGAGACUUCUAUUCUGUACUGGCAAGGUGUACUAUGACCUCACCCGGGAGCGAACAGCACGUAACAUGGCUGAGGAGGUGGCCAUCACGAGAAUUGAGCAGCUCUCCCCAUUCCCUUUCGACCUCUUGCUGAAAGAGGUGCAGAAGUACCCCAAUGCUGAGUUGGCCUGGUGCCAGGAGGAGCACAAGAACCAGGGCUACUAUGACUAUGUGAAACCCCGGCUGCGGACCACCAUCAGCCGUGCCCGGCCCGUCUGGUAUGCUGGCCGGGAUCCGGCUGCUGCUCCAGCUACUGGCAACAAGAAGACCCACCUGACAGAACUGCAGCGCCUCUUGGACACAGCCUUCAACCUGGAUGCCUUCAAAAACCUGGCAUAG